AUGGGGCUGCCUCGCAGAGCCGGGGACGCGGCGCAGCUGCGCAAGAGCCUGAAGCCGCUGUUGGAGAAGCGCCGGCGCGCGCGCAUCAACCAGAGCCUGAGCCAGCUCCAGGGGCUCCUCCUGCCGCUGCUGGGCCGGGAGAACUCCCGCUCCUCGAAGCUGGAGAAGGCGGACAUCCUGGAGCUGACCGUGCGCUUCCUGCAGGAGCUGCCAGCCUCCGCCUGCGCUGCCGCAGCUCCGGCUCCUUCUGACAGCUACCGGGAGGGUUACCGCGCCUGCCUGGCCCGCCUGGCCCGUGUGCUGCCCGUGUGCUGUGUCCUGGAGCCUGCCGUGAGCGCACGUCUGUUGGAGCACUUGCGCCGGAGGGCAGCCGGCGCCACCCCGGACGAUGGGCGCCCUGGGAACCACGGGGGCCCGCCCUCGCCCGCCCCGCCGCCCGCGCCUGCCCCCGCGCCCUCGGCGCCCGCGCCUCCCCGCGGCCCCGGUCUCUGGAGGCCGUGGUAG